AUGGGCGGAUGCUCGGCUCCCAACUGUUCUAAUUCAACCAGCAUAGGAAAACAGCUAUUUAGAUUCCCCAAAGACCCUGUCAGGAAGAAGAAAUGGGUUGUGAAUUGCCGACGUGACUUUGAGCCAACUCCACAUUCGAGACUCUGCCAAGACCAUUUUGAGGAAAGCCAGUUUGAAGAGUUGGCGAAGUCUCCAGCUGGAGGAAAGAAAUUGAAGCCUAAUGCCAUCCCAACUCUCUUCAAUGCUGGGGAUCCUCCAUACCCUGCUGUUACAGCUCCAUUCAUUUUACUGCCCUUGAAACCUGAGCUUGUGGAGAAGGAACUGAAUGUUGGUGACCAUGGCUAUGCUAGACGCACUCCACUGCUUGGCCUUGAAGAGGAAAAUGGAAAUAGGACAGCUGUGGACCAGCAGUCCUGCACACAAUGCCACCUGCUUAAGAAACAACUGGAGAAAGAGAUGCAGCACACAGUGAGACUGCAGAAGGAGGCAGAGGAGAUGAAGAAACGUCUCUACCGGCUCGACCGUAUUGAGAAGGGACUCCAGAACUUUCUAUAUGAGGACCAGAUCCGUGCCCUGUCUCUCACCAAGCGAUCUAGACGAGCUGUGUGGUCUCCGGAAACUAUCCUUAAGGCCAGAAAGAUCCGAAGCGCAGUUGGUACCAAAGGCUACGAAUACCUGAGAGAGCUAGGUUAUCCGUUACCAUCAUAUCGAACUCUAUGUAAUCGCCUGGAAACCAAAAUAAUGGUCACGACGGACAUGAGCUGCGAAGAACUAGCAGAGUUGGGCCUGGGACUCAUGGCCAACUGUGACAGCCCAACAGGUGUUGGAGACAAUGAUGAAGAAGACCUUUUAGGUGUCUUGUCCUGA